CAUCACGUCAAACGUCAAUACAAACUCUCAUUUUUCUCCAUUCUUCCAUUCUCUUUCGUAUUGUGCGUGUUUAUUAAUUUUUUUUUUGCUUAACACAUGGAAAGAAAGAGUGGAUUGGGAAUGAUCAAAUAGAUAAAAGUUUUAUUGUAAGCAAUUCUCUGCUAAUUAAAAGAGUUAAUAAAGAGAUUAUGAGUAACCUCACCAUAGAAAAUACAGAAGAUCUGGAUAAUGUGUCUCCACCUAAACAAGCUAAAAUUACAUCUUUUCAAUCUGCUUUCAGUAACUUGAAAAAAUCUGAGUUUUUUAAGGAACAAUUGCCAGCUCCUGAAAUUUCCACAGCAACAACUUCCCACAGAACUAAUGCUGUCUUAGUCAGCCCAAAACAGAAGGGUAACCCAUUGCUAAAAUUUAUAAAUAAUGUUCCAUGGGAAUAUUCCGACAUUAUACCAGACUAUGUAAUGGGGAAAACUACAUGUGCUCUUUUUUUAUCUAUCCGUUAUCACCAACUCAAUCCUGAUUAUAUUCAUGAAAGACUCAAAUUGUUAGGUAAUGCUUACAAUUUGCGAGUACUCCUUGUGCAGAUAGACGUUGCUGAACCUCAUCAUGCUUUAAAACAUUUAACAAGAAUAUCCAUUCUGGCAGACAUGACGAUAAUGUUAGCUUGGAGUGCGGAAGAUGCAGGAAAAAUUAUUGAAACUUACAAAAGAUACGAGACCAAACCCCCUGAUGAUAUUAUGGAACGCAGCAAUACAGCACCCCAUCAAAAGUUGGUUAAUGCUUUAACGACAAUAAGAUCUAUUAAUAAAACUGAUGCAACAACUCUUCUAACAACUUUUGGCACAUUGGCUGAUAUUGUACAAACACAACCCAAUACGCUGGCCUUAUGUCCUGGAUUUGGAUUACACAAAGCUCAGAAGCUUCAUAAAAUUUUACAUGAACCUUUUCUACGUACAUCAUAAAUCUUUUUAUAAAAUGGAUGAAAUAAUAUGAUGAAUGAAUAAUAGAUUUUUUACGGAAAAAAUAUAAUGUAAAAUAUAAAUAAUUUUAAUCCUAAAUAUUUUAUAUAUUAAAAUAUAAACAGUUAAACAUAUUUAAGAUAGAAAAUUUAAAAAAAAAUUUACUUUUGUUUUUAAGAAUUCAGAAAGAAUUUAGAGAAAAAAAGACUAAUUUAUAUAACAAGAGGGAACUUUUUUAUUUUCUUCAGUUUUCUGCUUGAAAAUGUAUAUUUCUU